ACAUGCUUCAUUUUCUUCCUCCCUUCGCUUACCCAGUAAAAGGCGAUAUGAUAUCGAUGACAGCAGCAGCAGCAGCAACAGCAGCAGCCACCACAGUAAGCACCCUAACAGUCUUUUGUCGAAAAGAAAGCCAACAUGGAGAAAGAGACUGUUGAUCAUGCCGGUCAUUCAACUGGUAGGCUGGACCUAUCUGUUCAUUUGUUUCUGUUUAUCCACCUUUCAUCUUUUCACUUCCUUUUCGUUGCUGCCGGAGCAGCAGCUUUCUCGAGCAACCGAUCCACUACUGACGGCUGCUGCUGUGGAUUGGGAUCAAGUAUUAUUUCAGCGAUACCAACAGUCGAGCGACCCUGUUGUUCCAUCCUCUCAAUUCAACGAGAUCACACCUCAGAUUCGAUUAUCAAAAAUGUUUAGCAAAUCCGUGGUGAGUCAGGAUCUGAUUCGACCUUACUGGUUUACAUCGUCGAUCCAACCCAGUAAAGAAGCAUUGACACUCACGACGGUAGUGGAAUGGAAAGAGCUGGAGGCUCUUGUCCGUUUGGCUCAAGUCUAUGAAGGCCCGAUCUCCGCGACGUUGAUUGUGCCUUGCGUGCACAACCUCCAUCACGAGCAGACGAUGCAGCAACUCAACACGAUUCGCCAAUGGUACGAGACAACGGUCGUGUUGAGACGGUACGUGGAUUUGCAUUUGUUUUUACAGCCUGGUGGCAUGAGGGUGAAUGAAGAAGGGGAGUUGGAAGAAACACCGGGCCAAGGCAGAGGAGGAGGAGGCUAUCAAAAGGCGCGUAAUAUAGCGCGCUUCUUUAGUCGAACGGACUACGUGGCCAUGGUACCCGUGACGCUGUUGUGGAUGACGCAGAUUGGCACGAGCUUUCGACAGCACCUUUCUCACUUGAAAGCAGGCGAUGUGCUCGUUUUACCCACCUUUGGCUUUCCAUCGUUCUCGACCUCCUCUGAACAGGACAAAGAUCGAUGGCCGACCGAUCGACAAAGUGUCGUCGAAUGGGUAGAAGCAGGCGAGAUGGGAUUGUUGGAUGAAAACUACGAGCUCAAUAACGGACCGACGUCUUUCAUCACCUGGCGUGACGCGAGAGAGCCCUAUCGUGUGCCUCAUUAUGACUACAAGUACGGACCCAUUUUCAUCUCGACACGGUUGAACCAUCCUUGGUGUGAAGAGCGAUUCGAGGAUUAUCUCGCGUCGUGUGUUUACAGUAUUUAUCUGUCGGGUGCCAAUUUGUGGGUGCUACCGAACGACUAUGCGGUGAGUGAGACGGUAGACAGAAAAGAGACAUGGACGCCACAACAGCGCAAAAUACAACAAAAACUGGCUAGCAAGUAUCGCAUGGAACAAUGUGUUUUCUAUGCAAGACAGUUUGAUCAGUUGGACAUUUUUCAAACGGAAAGAGCUGAACACGUCCGACAAGAAUGCUCAAAGGCUUUACUGAAUUUACAAAAGCAAAAAAUGAUAUCCAAUGUCAUGAAAGCAGAACGACCGUCUUUUUAAUGCAGAAAAAGGGAUUUCUUAAUGUAUUUUUCUGAUCCAAUCAAAAAAGGCGGGGGAGAAAGAUAGAUUUUUCUUUCUCUCUUAUCGUUUUUGUAACCCCACC